AUGUGGCGUCGUUCGUUGUCGCAUCUACAGACGCUCAAGCGCCAGUCGCCAGCUGCGCACUCAAGAUGUUGGCUGUCAUCUGUCAUGCUCACCCCCGAGGAUCAGAAGCUGCUUAAUGAACCGCGCGAGGCCAUGGAUUAUGACGUAUUACUGGUCGGUGCUGGGCCUGCGAGUCUCGCGGCUGCGAUCCGUAUGAAGCAGCUCUCGGCUGAGAAGGGCACGGAGCUGUCCGUGUGUGUGGUUGAAAAGGGCGCCGAAGUGGGUUCACACGUGUUGUCAGGAAAUGUACUUGAGCCACGUGCAUUGAAUGAGCUGCUACCGAACUGGAAGGACCUGGGUGCACCGUUGGACACGCCUGUGACGAAGGACAAGUUCCUACUGCUCACGGAGAAGAAGUCACUGGCUCUACCGCACUUUCUGUUGCCGCAAGAGGAGCAUAACGACGGCAACUUUGUUAUUAGUCUCAGUAAGUUUGUUCGCUGGUUGGGAGAGCAAGCUGAGGAGGCUGGUGUCGAGAUUUAUCCUGGUUUCUCGGCUUCUGAGGUGUUAUACCGCAAGGAUGGAUCCGUCGGUGGCAUUGCCACUCGCGAUGUCGGUAUCGGCAAGGAUAAUAAGCCCAAGAGCACUUUUGCUCGCGGCAUGGAGCUCCGUGCGCGUGUAACGCUCUUCGGUGAAGGCUGCCGGGGCUCGUGCAGCGAGGAGGUGAUGGGGAAGUACAAUUUGCGCGAUGGUGUUCAACCCCAGACGUAUGGAAUUGGUGUGAAGGAGGUGUGGCGUAUCUCCAAGGAUAAGCACGAACGUGGACUUGUGCAGCAUACACUGGGCUGGCCACUGCAGCAGUCGCUGAUGGACAAGACUUUCGGUGGGUCAUUCAUGUACCACAUGGAGGACGACUUGGUGCAGAUUGGUUUGGUCGUUGGUCUCGACUACGAGAACCCGUAUAUCAAUCCCUACGAAGAAUUUCAGCGGUUUAAGACGCAUCCAGUUGUUCGGAAGUACCUGGAAGGCGGCGAGUGCGUACAGUAUGGUGCUCGUUGCUUGAACGAGGGUGGCUACCACGCAAUUCCGAAACUGACGUUCCCUGGUGGUGGUUUGAUUGGUUGCUCGGCUGGUUUUCUCAACGGCGUCAAGAUCAAAGGUACGCACACUGCUAUGAAGUCGGGCAUGCUGGCUGCAGAGGCUGCGUAUGACGCUUUGACUUCCACUGGCGCGAAGCCUGUGGCUGAUACGGCGGAGAUAGACCCGGAAGAGCCUGCGAUUGACAUCUCUAGCUACGGGGAUGCUGUUGAGUCGUCGUGGAUUGCUGAGGAGCUGAAGGCAGUUCGCAACGUGCACGCUGGAUUUCACAGGGGUUUCCUUCCUGGUUUUUUACACGCUGGAGUGGCGACGCACGUCCUCAGGGGAAAGGAACCCUGGACCAUUCCGAACACCGUCGCAGACUCGGCCAAAACGCGCCCGGCCAAGGAUUUCACGCCCAUAAAGUACCCAAAGCCGGACGGUGAGCUGACGUUCGACUUGCUGUCGAACCUGCAGCGCAGCGGCACCAACCACAACCAUGACCAACCCUCACACCUGCGCAUUAAGCCAGAGCACGCAAAGGUUCCUUCGGAGGAGUCAUUCCCUGUGUACGCUGGCCCGGAGCAGCGAUUCUGUCCCGCCGGCGUGUACGAAUACACGGACGGCAGUGAGGCGGACGGUGUCCCGCAGCUCGUGAUCAACGCUCAGAACUGCGUCCACUGUAAAUGCUGCUCUAUUAAAAUGCCGAAGGAGUACAUUGAUUGGACUGUCCCUGAAGGCGGAGGUGGUCCUGCUUAG